CUUAAAUACUUUUUUAGGUAUUUUGAGUUAGGAAGUGUAAAGUUUUAUAGUUGGCAAAAUAUUUUACAAUUUAAUAUAUCAGAUAGAUUUAAAGCGCUGGAUUUAUUUUGUGAUAGAACUGGUAACUAUAAAGCAAAUUUAAAAAGGAGAAAACAGUACUUAAAUAGUAAUUUAAUAUCACCAUUAGAAGAAUGUGGAACAUUAGAGUUUUUAAUUAAUUAUUUUAAUACAUAUCAGAUGGAGUUGUAUGUUUAUGCAAACCAAAUAAAUUUGAAUGUUCAAAUUUUAUUAGAGAAUAAUCAUUUGAAAGAUAAAUUUUUUGAUUUUAUGUGCAAUAAUUAUGAGAAUUGUAAUAUAUAUGAAAGUGAUAAAUUUAAAAAUGAAUAUAAUGAAAUAGUAUUAAGAAAAAAUGAAAAAAAUGAAUUUUCAAGAGGUAUUUGUUCUAAAUCUUAUAGAAUAAAUGCUUUUAACAUAUACAUAAAUUUUCUCCAUUUUAUAAAAUAUUACAGUUAUUAUAAUAAAAAUAAUAUUUUGUAUGUACAUCUUUUAAACCUAAUUGGAAUUUUAAAUGGAGAUAGUAAAGCAUAUGUGAGUUCUAUUUAUCUACCAGGAUAUUAUAAUAUUAUUCAGCUUUCUUUCGAUGAAAAAUCUGAGUUGACAGAACUUUAUGAUAAUCUUCUAAAGUGUGUUGAAACAUGUUACAUGAAAUAUAAAAAUAGAAAAGUACCCAAUGCCAAAGAUCCAAUAUUAAAUUUUAAAAAAUAUGAUUCAGAAAUAUGUAAAAAUGAAAACAAUAUAACUAUGCUACAAAAAUUUUAUAUUUAUGUUACUGAAGUUUUGAAAAUUAAUAAUAUAAGUUCAUUAAUAAAAAAUAUGAAUAUUUUUGAAGAUUAUAGUAAUUUUUUAAUGCAUGAUGUAAAUUGGUUUACUUUUUUAUUACUGUUUAGACUAACUUCAUACAUGGAUGUUGCUCAUUAUAAUAUAGCAAAUGCCAUAUAUAAAAGCUUACGAAAAGAAGAUAAAUCUAAAAAAACUAUUUUAACAAACUAUUGGUUUCCAUCUCCUAUAAAAAAAUAUUACUCUUUUUAUGUAAGAAAAAAUAAGUCUGUAAAUUUAUUAGAAAAAUUGGAAGAUUUAAUAAAUGCAACUACAAUAAAAAAAAUGAAAGCAUGUAUAAAGUUUAUUAUCCAUGUAAAUUCAUUUUUACAAUUAGAUUUUUUUUAUUACCUGAAUGAACCUCCACUUAAACAGCAACAUUCCUAUGCCUUAACAAUGUUAAUUGAACAAAAAUUUAAAGAGUGGUUUCUUAAUUAUUUAAGUGGAUAUUUUUUUUUAAAUUAUGAAGACGAAAAUACAAGAAAACAUAUGGCUGAAAAAAUGAAAAAAGGAGAAUUUAUAACUCCUAAAUAUAGUAAAUGGACAAUCCAUAUGAAAAAGUUUAUUGAAAAAUCUUAUCAAACAUAUUUAAAUCAAAGGCAUGUAAAAAAUUUAUUUGAUUAUUAUGAUCAUUAUAACAUAAACAAUAAAAUAAUGUUAAUGAAAGAUUCAUAUGAGCUAUAUUCAAAGAAUUAUGAGAAUAUAAUAUUUUCUGCAGAUAUAAUUGAUUUAAAAAAAAAUGAUUUACUUUCUAACAAGAAGAAAAGGAGGAAUAGAAAUUUUUAUUAUAUACAUUCUAUCUCAGGAAAUUCAGUAAAUUAUCACAAAUUUGGUAUUAUAUAUGGAUAUACAGUAAAUAAAAACUAUUUAAAAGAAAUAGUUGAUGAAUUAAUUGUACUUUAUAAAAUGAAUAAAAAUAUUUUUUCAGAUAUGUCUUUUCUACAAACAGUUUAUUUACUUUUUAGAAAAAUUGAAAACAGUUUUAAUGUACACAGGAGAAAUGAUAAUGUGAGUAUGAAUAACAUAUUUUUUUUUAAUGUUUCAAAACAUUAUUCUAAAUUAAGUAAAAAGGAUAGAGAAGAAGAAAUAAAUUUAUCUAUGGCGUCUAAAUUUUUUUCUAAAACUUUAUUUUCUGCUUUUCAAAUAUUGUUCACUAUACGAUUAAGUAAUGACAUAGAUAAACUUGAUAGGAUAUAUGGUUCCAGUGAAAUGAUUGGUUUAACAAUACAUGAAGAACCAUAUUUAAAGUUUGCCUAUGCAUAUUAUGGUAGUAUGAUGGACAAUUUAACAAAUACACUUUUACCCUUAUAUAUAAAAAAACCAAUAACUCAAUUAAAAUACGGAAAAACUUUUAUUCUAGCAAACAUGUAUAAAUUGUGUUCAGAUAUAUUUUCAUUAUUAAAUUUAAAUAAUUUAAGUCUUUUAUGUGAAUAUCAAGCGAUAGCUAGCUCUAAUUAUUAUUCUUACAAAAAGAUAGCACAAUUUAUAGAUAGAAAAUU